UCCUGCCCUUCCCUCAAAACCAAAACCCUCCAGCACAACCAUUAUUUUGCUAGUUAUUUGCAUAUCUUUUGAACCAAGAAAAUGUAUUGUUGAACGUAUCCAAUAUCAUUCAACCACUUCACUCCCCAGCCUUUAGUUUAAUGUGUGGUGCCUGUUCCAUACUACUUGAGGCUGAGGACACCUGUGACUGGGGAGCAAGAGAUCGGGUGGGAGAUAUGCAAUGUGUACUGGAAAGAGGGGUGCAGGAGGCCAAGUACUGGAGAGUGAGGGACUGGUGACCUGUGAGAGAAGAAUGGCAUUUUCUGAAAAGAAGGGAGUGGAAGCUUUGAGGGAGAUUGGAAGGGGAAGAAAAGAGCUAUGUGUACCAGGGAACAGGAGCCUGGAAAGACAAGUGGCUUUCAUUAAACAGAGGGGUGCGGAAAACCAGACACAGGAGAUAGUGAAGCAAGGGCAAUAUUUAGAGAGUCCUGAUAUGUAGCAGAGCAGGACAGGGCCAGGAACAGGUGCAUACAGUUUGAGAUUGAACUACAACACAACAAACAUGGCGGAAAAGCAUGGUGAUACAUUUGCAGAACCAAGCCUGGAAGGACAGAUGUCGAUAUCAGAAAAUGCAGAAUAUGGUCUCUCUGAGAACGUACAGCAGAUAGUUGAGAAUGAAAAACUGAAUGCGGAGAAAACAUCUAAACAGGAAAUGGAUCUGCAGCCCCUCCCAACUCGGGCGUAUCUGGAUCAAAUGGUGGUACCCAUUCUUUUGCAAGGCCUUUCAGUUCUGGCAAAAGAAAGACUUCCCAAUCCUAUUGAAUUCUUGGCAGUUUACCUCCUGAAGAACAAGUCACAGUUUGAAGAAAGAAAUUAGCUUGCACAGAACUACGCAGAACUGAAGACUUCACCAGUCCCACACAAUUGAGA